AUGGAGCCGUUUAGGGUUCACCUCGAGCGCGUUACCCGUGUCACAUAUCCUGGUAACCAGGACGGGUUUGGCCGCGGAAUUGAAAUGGCAUUAGUGAAGCGGGAGAGGAAAAGGCAUAUUAUCGAUCAGGUGGACCGACUUCGCGAACUUCAGGAAAUCGAUGGGGAGUAUGGGGAUGAGGAGGCAAAAGCGGAUUGUACAGCAGUCUGGGAUGAGAUGAGCCGGCUUACGACCGAAGCAUUCGCCUUGGAACAUGAGGCGGAUGACGCCGCCAACGAGAACAGCGCAAAUGCGAAGCGACUCGGGGUCUCUGUCGAGAUCCUAAAGGAGGCGCAGCAGAAAACGAAUCGGGAACUUCUCGAGGCGCGAGUCGAUUCACGAGUGGCCAAAUCGGAUUCAGAGUGGGCAAAGGCGAAGCUUGAUGCGGCUGAGGGGGUGAUAAAGCAGUUGCGGGAUGAGAGGGGGAAAGAGAAGGCGGAGAUGGAUGCGACGAGGAAGGAGAAGGAAAGGCUUCAAAUUGAGCUGGAUGCGAUGAGGAAAGAGAGGGAGAAGGGGGAGGCGGAUCUUGAUGCAAUGAGGAAGGAGAGGGACAAGGAGAAGGCUGAGAUGGAUGCGCUACGGGAUGAGAGGGAGAGUCUUAAUGCGAUGAGGAAGGAGAAGGAGAGGCUUGAAGCCGAUCUCGAUGCGAUGAGGAAGGAGUUUCAGGACGAGAAAAAUAAAUAUACUGUGGACCUGGAUGCAUUGAAGCAGUCGGAUGCCGCUGCCCUCAAUGCCGCACGAGAUGCUACAUCUCGAGAUGCUGCGACCAUCAGCACUCUCCGGAAAAAGAUAGCGGAGGACGGGCUAAGGAUGGCGACGGAGCGCCUCCAGGCGCAUACGUCAGCGCAAGACUCGGCGACAAGGAUCGCAGUGGUUGAGGCAGAGGCUAAAACGGCAGUAGACGGACUGCGCACUGCCAACGCCGGUUUGGUAGGGGAAAACCGAAGGCUGCUUCUUCAGGUUGGCCGCUUUAUGCAAGAGAAGACGGCAUCGGGGCUGCGCGUCACCGAUCUUGCGGACCAGGUUGCUACCCUCAACCAGGAGAAGGUUGUCAUAAUGGCCGCGCAAGAGAACCUCGUUCGCGACAACACCCGGAAGGGCGCGUUAGUUGAGCACCUCCAGGGUGACAUCCUAUCAGGCUAUAAUGCCAUUAAGGAGAAGACUCUAGCCAUCGCAAAGCUUGAGGCAGAUGUCUCGAAUGCGGCGAAGACGCAGGACGUACUUGCCAAGAUAACGACUGCUAUCGAGGCGGCUAAUUCGGGGUAUAUUGUACGGCUUGAGCACGAGAAUACCGCCCUCCGCCAGAAUUCCGUUGUCGCAGGAAAGGUAGAGGAGGCAAACCAAUCCCUUCGGGGCCAGAUCACGCAGAUGACCGUUCGUGCAGAGAAAGCAGAAGCGCUAUACGACGCGCAGAAGAACGAGCAUUCCGUAAAGAUUGCCUCUCUCGAGAAGUCCCACGCUAUCGCCGAGUCGCUUGGGAAGCUUAACUCGAUAGCAAACACGAGCACGUCGAGGUUGUCGACGAUUGAGAACGCCGUAACGAUGCAGUCCGAGCAGAUCAAGAGGGGCAUGGCAGAUACCCAACGGCGGCUCAGCAAGAUCGGCAUCGCUGCAGAUCUCAACGGCAACAGAAUCGGAGAUACCGUCUUCGAGCUCGACCUGCUCAGCAAGUCUGUUGCCGAGAUGGCGGGAGUGGCGAUGAAAUCGGACGGAUUCUCCGCCAUCCUAAGCGCAUUUGGUGAUCGAGUAGACCUCACAAAGGAUAUGCUUGAGACAACCAUCGAGAAAGCUCAACGUGCAAUCAUCGAGGAGGCCAGUACAGCACGGCUAGAGGCACACUCUAACCGGGCGAGGAUUAUCAGCGAAAUCGACUCAUCAAUGCGGGCCGUUCAGUCUAAGGUCGAUGACACGGUGACCAACUCGCGGAACGGCAUCCGGGAACUUCUCUGGGACCUGCGACGAGACAGUGUCAUGUCUUCUAUCUUCGAGAUGUCGAUCAAGAGGAUAUCCGAUUGUCUGGCCCAAAUGGACGAGAAGGUCCAGCGCCUGCAGAAAUCGGUCGAUGGGUCAGAGGACAGCAGGAUGGAAACGAUCCUGACUGUGAUUGGGGAUUCCGCGACGAAGGGGGAGGUGACCAAAGCAGUCGCCAACGAAUUCAAGCGCGCUGCUGCAGACGAGAGAGAGCGCGUCCGGAAAGCGCAGCAGGAGGAAGAGGAGGAGGCAGAGAGACGCCGAAAGGCGCGCGUGUCUGCCAUUUUCUCGUUCCUCGUCCAUUUCAUCGUCGUCAUUCACGAGCAUGAGCCCUCCUCCGCGCCCGGGAUCAUCUAUGACGACGAGUCCGCCGCGCGAUGGGCCAUCUCCCUUCUCGCCGACUGCGAGCUCCCCCUCGCAGCGCACCGACGAGUCUCCAUCACGGAGCGCAACCGAUCAGUGGUCGAUAUGCCGCCGGCGGUGAGCUUCGUGAUACCCGCAAUGAGUUUUGGUGAUACGCCCAUGGCCACGAGCAGCGCCGAGAUUUCUGAUACCACCGGGACAGGCGGGCCUAUCAAUAGCCGUCAUGCCGCCGGUAGUAAGCAUCGUGAGUUGGAUGCUGAUAUUCCCAUGACCAAAGCCAGAUUGCCUACCCCCGUGCAUACUUCUGUGAUUGAACCAAACGCGACCGAGGCUUCUGCGACCGAAACUUCUCCUGUGGUCCCAUCCGUGUCCGGAAACUCCCCUCUGUAUAUCGCAACCAACGUGUCCGGACAUAGCCCUGUUAUGCCCCCUGCAAACCCGGUUGGUCCUAUCGCGUCAACUUCUGCGACCCCGGCUGGGCCCGUCCCUGUCGCAACCUCUGCAGGUCCCUCUGCUGUGCCCGUGCCUUCGCGCAUCGAGGCCCCGCCUGGUGUUGCCGUCGGGAGCCUCGAUUUUCGGUUCUUGGUCUCUAGCACUUUGGGAAAUGGCGUGUUCACGUCCCAUGUUCAUGAGGAGACUCUCGGCACCAUCACGGCUGCCAUCAUCCCGCUAAGAGACAGAAAGAAGUGGUGGCGCCCAAAUCCUCUAGCCGUGCGAUGCGUUUUCCACCGUGUGAACAGACGGCGGAAUAGGCCGGAUAAUGCCCACGAAGCAGGAAAUUGGUGCUGUGGUGGCUGCAUAGAGGAAGGAACGCCGUGCAUCAUGUACGGCGCUGACGGGAUCCCUACCAUCCUCCCACUAGCCCCGCGUCUCCGCUCCGUCAAUGCUUUACCAGCUACGGCUGGAUUCUUUUUACUGGAACCUAUCGUGAUCGGGUAGACUGUGGCUCCAUUUGCUUCGCGUUGUCGCUAGAGUAGAGUUAGAAAUGAAAC